AUCAAACGACUCAAAAUCUACCUCGUAGCGCUUGUUUUCUGUGGCUCUAUGUCCAAGAUAUCGAGCUCUGUCGGACACGAGCUACAUAGAGCCUCAUCGUCAGGAAACUUUCGUCAAAUUAAUAAAACCGAUAAGGUUUCACAAACGUGCUUCGAUGUUCGGAGUUCACCAUCCGGGGUAUACCAAUUGCAGCCGAAAACCGGAUUCGGAAAACCGUUCGAAGCCUUAUGCGAUAACAAUUACUCAGAUGGAGGCUGGACGGUGAUCCAGUAUCGUUUCAACGGCUCCGUGGACUUCUACCGAGGCUGGAAGGCCUACGAGGAUGGAUUCGGUGAUCUGAAUGGUGAAUUCUGGUUGGGACUGGAGAAGAUUCAUCGCCUUACCUCUUCCAAACGGCAUGAGUUGCUCGUGCUUUUGGAGGACUUCAAGGGUAAUUCCAAGGUGGCCACAUACGAUGACUUCCGCGUGGCCGAUGAGGCAGAAAAGUACACACUGGAGAGCCUCGGCCAGUACAAUGGCACAGCCGGGAAAUCGCUCAACCGUCACCUAGGCAUAAAGUUCAGCACCUUCGAUGCGGACAACGAGCCAGCAGAUGGUCAAAAUUAUGUAGCAUACCAUCAUGGCGCUUGGUGGCACAGUUAUUUGGCUGCUAGCAACCUCAACGGAAUCUACCAGGGUAAGACUGAGAAAGCGGAUUGCGAAGGCAUGUACUGGUUCUAUUUCGAUGAAGAUACCUCCUGUUUUUCGCUCAAAAGCUCACGAAUGAUGAUCCGACCGAAAAUUUAAGCCAUUGAUAUUGAAUUCUGAAAUCAGCAAGCUACCAUUCUCGAAAUUCUUUUUUUUUUGUAUUGAGAAAAAACUUUCAAAACCCUGUAUUCCAAACUAGGCGAUAAUUUUUUUUUUGUUCUGGCGACUCAGACUCAUGUUCGAAAUCAAUAAAUGAAAUGGGAAGGCAAUAAAAUUGACAGUCGU